GAUUUGUAAGUAUCUAAAUUGGGAUUAAAUUCUAGUAUGAUUAGGAUGGUUUAGAUUAAGUGCUUAUAAAUUAGGAUAUAAAGUAUAAGUUGUGAUUGAGGUAUGUUAUAAUGGUGCAUUGUACAAGCAAGAUUACGUAAGAAGAAAGGUAAAGUACGGUAAGGUGGAUAGGGAGUUGAUGUCGGCUCGAGAGAUAGAAGAGGAGAGAGGGGUUAGAGAGAUUCAGAAAUAGGGCUCGGAAUGAAGCUGCUCUAUCGAGGAGUGAAAUCAGAGAGUAGUUCUUCUUUCGGAUAAUGAAUCAUACCUAUUUGUGCUUUCAUUUGUUUGUGGUUUCUAAGCUUUUCCUGUCAAAAAAGGUUUACAGUUAAAUCAAGAGCUGACACUUUGGUUAAGGAAUCCAACAACUAGUACCAAUGCUCGUACCGAGUUUCUAGCAAUUGAUAUCUGAGUUGCCAACAAUUGGAGCAAAUUGAAUCAUGUUUCUUUGGGUUUUGAUUUUGGUUGUGUUUGUUGGGUUAGUGAUAUCAAAUUCACUUAUUAGCCUAAUUAGUUUUAUUUUGGGUUUGGUUCAACAACUCAUGUAAUGGGCUAGUUAGCAUUUGGUUUGGGCUUUAAUUGAUCCAUUUGGUAUGUUGGGCCAAGUGGUGUUAAGAGAGAACUCUUUGGGUUAGAGAGAGUGAGUUCUCAUUUUUUGCUCUCUAGGUUUUUCCUUUUUUUGUAAUAGAGAAGAGAGGUGUAGAGAGGGUUGGAGAAGGAGCUCUCUUAUUUUUCUUGCUUGAUUCAAAGACUUCCAAGGUAGAUUGGAGGAAUUCUAAGAGGUAUUCCGAAGCGGGAUUCGCGGAAUCGGAAGGUGCUUCAAAGAAGGUGUAGCAAGAAGGGAUUUCCAUUGGAAGGUUGUAAGCCCAUUGUGAUAGAGUGACUCUCUUUUGAGGCAAUAGUACCAAAAUGUCGAGUUUGGAGGAGCCACUAGGUAUUGAAAGCCUGCCAAAGUUGAGCAUUGGUCGGCUUCAAAGAUGUGCAUCUGCUGGCUACAGGCCCAAGAUAGAUGAAGCAGAGGUGGAUAAAUGCUUGAUCGAAAGCAGAGAUUGCAGCUCUUCUAGCAAUUGCAAGGAGGAAUAUGCAUGGGGAAGACACCGAAGGGAUGGAUUUCACAUGGAUUCCUUGAAGUUUAAGAGUUCAUGCAUUUGUAGGAGUCAGAUGGCCUUUUUUUCUGAUUCAGGACAUCUCCAAGAUCACAAGUCUUCCUCAUCUUGCGAUGAAGUUGGUCUGAGAGACCUCACUUACAAGUUUUUUAGAGGUCUACCUAAGUUUGUGAAGAUAGUGGAAGUUGGACCACGAGAUGGUCUGCAAAAUGAAAGUAAUACUGUACCUACAUCUAUAAAGAUUGAGUUUAUACAGAAGUUGGUCUCCUGUGGAUUUUCAGUUGUUGAAGCAACAAGUUUUGUUUCCCCAAAGUGGGUACCACAGCUAGCAGAUGCAAAGGAUGUCAUGGAAGGGAUACGAAAUAUAGAGGGUGUGAGACUUCCUGUGUUAACUCCUAACAUGAAGGGAUUUGAGGCAGCAGUUGCAGCCGGUGCAAAAGAAGUUGCCAUUUUUGCGUCAGCUUCUGAAGCCUUUUCAAGGUCAAACAUCAAUUGCAGCAUUGAAGAUAGCCUUGCACGUUAUCAUGAUGUUACGCAAGCUGCAAAAAAGCAUUCAAUGCGCAUUCGUGGGUAUGUUUCAUGUGUGGUGGGCUGUCCUGUAGAAGGAUCGGUGUCUCCAUCAAAGGUGGCAUAUGUUGCAAGAGAGCUUUACAACAUGGGUUGUUAUGAGAUUUCACUUGCUGAUACAAUCGGAGUUGGCACCCCAGGGACUGUGAUUCCAAUGCUUGAAGCUGUCAUGUCGGUCGUCCCUGCGGACAAGCUCGCCGUUCAUUUUCAUGACACCUACGGCCAGUCUCUCCCAAAUAUCCUUGUCUCUCUUCAAAUGGGCAUUAGCACAGUAGACUCGUCGGUUGCCGGCCUUGGGGGAUGCCCCUACGCAAAGGGCGCCUCAGGAAACGUGGCCACCGAGGACGUCGUGUACUUCCUCCACGGGCUCGGGAUAAAGACCAGCGUCGACCUCAACAAGCUCUUGGCUGCUGGUGAUUUCAUCUGCAAGCAUCUGGGCCGUCGGUCUGGAUCGAAGACUGCCGUCGCUCUGGGCAAAGUGACUGCCGACGCCUCUAAGAUUUGA